AUGAAAGUCCAACGGAGACAGUUAGCACGAUUUCAUAUCGAAGAACAUACUCCAACAAGUCAUCCAUUGCAUUUGUCCAUCAGUGAAAAAGAUGCCGAAAAACUAGGAAUACCAACGAAAGAGGACUCAAAAUUAUGUUUCCUGUCUGUGUGUUGUAAAAGAUCAUCUGAUCUCGACUUCAGUUUCAGCAGCUCUUUUCCUGUCACUCCUUCCUCUGGUGGGCAGAUCAGUGGUAGUACUUCCCCUAGUGGGAGCAUCCGCUUCCCCUCUUCCUGCUCCUGUGAUCCCCACAUUGAGUCUACAAAUAUAUGCUGUGAUCAGGACUGGCUGGACAUAGCUGUAUGCGUUUGGAUAAGAAAAGAGCAGGGGGACAUUGUUGACAGAAAAUUGAAACCUGAGUAUAGUGACUUUUUAGUUUUGAAUGGAACUCCGAACUUUUUAGCACAUUACCAAAUCGCCGCUGAAGAUGAUUUGUACAUCAGACCAGUUAAAAUAUACCCAAUUCAGAAAAUUGUUAUUGGUGUGUCAAAUUUCAACGCAUACCGCUGGCUACAGAAAGUUAAUUUUUGUACAGGACUGUUGGUGGAAGUGUGUUUACACCCCAUACUGGUCAGGGAGAAUGAUAUCUUCCUGGCACCAUUCUCAAAAAUCUUCCUAAGUGACUCGGAAUUUGAUCCUUCAUUCUAUUUUGACAUGCAAGUGUUAGAAUGUUGCCCACUUCGAGUUGGUAGAAUCACAGUGAAUACAGAGAUUAUAAUCUCAUACAUUGACCAAGAUGUCCAUAGGAGCAGUGCUGAUUUUACUUUGGACAGUCCGACAAAGGCCAUGGCUUCUAAGAGUGUUGACCAGUACCUAAUAUCAGACUUUUGUCAGCCAAUGAGGCCAGAUUCACUGACACUCAAUGCCAAAACUAUUGGCGUCCAGAAAUCCUCUACACAACCUCUGUACAUAUCCUUUAAUUACCAAGUAGUACAGCAACAUAUUCUCUGGAAGCGACUUUUAAUCAAACCACAACAAAAAGUGACUUUUGAUCCUCUAUACUACAUAGGUAUGACUAAACAAACAAUGCUACAGCAUGGAUUCUUUGAAGAAAGUCUUGUCCGUGUAUCACUGGAUGAUACAUCUCAACCCUUUUCCGUACCGUUUAGACUUGGUCUGGUCAAGUGUAUAACAGAGUCCCUAGAAAACACCAAUAAAGUGUUCAUUUCACCUCUGAUGUUGUUCAACUUGCAAAUGACCUGUGCCAAGCCUCAUGGCAUAAUUGGACCUAUAAGGAUUGAGAAAUACCACUAUGAACAAGAUGAGCAUGAAGUUGAUUCUGGAACAACAAGUUCGUGCUGGAGCAGUAAGAUUCCGUUGGCCAGAGAAGUACAGAUCUCCAUAGUGAUAAGCCCGUACUACAGUCCAAGAGCCAUUCACACGGAGGCUAUCAAGACCUACUUCAAUGUCCCAAGGCUGAUGACCAAAGGUGACAUUAUACCAAUCAGGAGUACAGAUGAUCCAGAAUUCAGUACCCUGGGUAUGGACACAGAGAAGAGGAACCCAGUGGUUUUCUUCAAGGUGGUCAAGAUUGAUGGACCAGAGGUUCCCCUCCCAUGUUACAUCUGUGAUAGUGGUUCUACUAGACUCAUACAGGUUGGGUCUGUACACAGUUACAUCCCAGUUACCGCUACCUCCUACUUGUCAAGGAAUCCCCUUACCUACUGGGAGCAGACCUACCUGUUUGGCCUCAACAAAUAUGCUGACCGCUUGGAAGAACUUAUCAGACCCUUACUCCACAACAGCCUUUCAAGUCCUCAUUUGAAAGAUGUCUUAAGAUCUAUAAUGCUGAUUGGUCCAUCAGGAUGUGGGAAGACAACCAUGGCAACUGCUGUUGCUCGGAGACUGAACCUUCACAUUUAUAAGGUAAACUGUCACAGACUAUAUGGGGAAUCUGCUAGAGUGAUGGAAGCACGCAUCAAAGACGUCUUCAAUGCAGCCAGUAACUUCUCGCCCUGUAUCCUGUACCUACAUAGUAUACAUGCCCUGGGCAAGGACAAGGAGAGAAACACGGACGAUCCGAGGGUGGCGAGUAGUUUUCAGCUGUGUCUCCGACAGCAGAGGAGGGAGCUACUUGAGUACCCUGUUAUUGUGAUUGGGUCUACGCAUUCACCUAAUAUGCUUGCUGCAGAUGUGAGGGACUCUUUCCUUCACGAAAUACCGAUAGAAGCACCUAAUGAGGCGGAGCGGUCUGAGAUAUUGGACGGACUGCUACAGAAUGUCAACUACUCUGGGGAUUUAUCAGGACAGUACCUUGCUCAAAGAACAGCAGGUUUUAUAUUAGGAGAUCUGACUGCACUGAUUUCCCAUGCAAAACAGGAUGCCUAUGGAAAAGUGUGUAAGCUGUGUGGUGACGGCCGCCACCUGCUGUCGUAUGACGAAGAGGAAGACUUAUCCAUGGCCGGAGUGGUGGUUCAACAGGAGAAUUUUGUGUCUGCCUUAGACAAACUUCAGGCUGCUCACUCAGACACCAUUGGGGCACCCAAGAUUCCAAAUGUAACCUGGGCUGAUGUUGGAGGCCUGGCCGAUGUUAAAUCUGAUAUCCUCGACACUGUACAGCUCCCUCUACAGUUUCCUGAGCUGUUGGCUGCUGGAUUGCGGCGAUCAGGUGUGUUACUAUAUGGACCACCAGGAACAGGGAAGACACUUCUUGCCAAAGCUGUCGCCACAGAAUGUUCACUCAACUUUCUCAGUGUUAAAGGCCCAGAACUGAUCAACAUGUAUGUCGGGCAGAGUGAACAAAAUGUCAGGGAAGUGUUUCAUCGUGCCAGGAGUGCCACACCCUGUGUUAUAUUCUUUGAUGAGCUGGACUCUCUUGCCCCUAACCGGGGAAAGAGUGGUGAUUCUGGAGGAGUCAUGGAUAGGGUUGUUUCUCAGAUGUUGGCAGAGUUGGAUGGCCUUCAUAAGUCAUGUGAUGUGUUUGUGAUUGGAGCGACGAACAGGCCAGACUUAUUAGAUCCCGCCCUACUUCGACCUGGCAGGUUUGAUAAAUUGCUGUACCUCGGUGUCAGUGAUGACAACGACUCUAAGCUCCGGAUAAUCAAGGCCCUCACCAGGAAAUUUAAGCUUGCAGAUGACUGUGAUUUGUCUGCAGUGGUAGCUGAAUGUCCCAAAAAUUUGACUGGUGCUGACUUUUAUGCCUUGUGCUCUGAUGCCAUGCUUAACGCCAUUAAAAGACGGAUACAGGCACUAGAAACAGGUGAAACAAAAGACCAGCAAAAUGUGAAGGUGUCAGAACAAGAUUUCCUGGAUGCUCUUUCAACUCUAACGCCUUCUCUGUCAGAACAGGAACUAGACCACUACAGACAGUUACAACAGGAGUUUAACAGGCAGUGAAGACAAAUCUUGUAUGAUGUGAUGGAUACUGUUAGAGCUAGCUCACUACCACUACAUGUAUUUAUAGGCAGUGAGGUCAAAUCUUGUACGAGUUGAUGGAUACUAUUAGAGCUAGCUCACUAUACAUGUAUUUAUAGGCAGUGAGGUCUAAUCUUGUAUGAUGUGAUGGAUACUGUUAGAGCUAGCUCACUACCACUAGGCAGUGAGGUCAAAUCUUGUACGAGUUGAUGGAUACUAUCAGAGCUAGCUCACUAUACAUGUAUUUAUAGGCAGUGAGGUCUAAUCUUGUAUAAUGUGAUGGAUACUGUUAGAGCUAGGUCACUACCACUACAUGUAUUUAUAGGCAGUGAGGUCAAAUCUUGUACGAUGUGAUGGAUACUAUUAGAGCUAGGUCACUACCACUAGGCAGUGAGGUCAAAUCUUGUACGAUGUGAUGGAUACUAUUAGAGCUAGCCCACUAUACAUGUAUUUACAGGCAGUGAGGACUGAGGAAGCAUAUAAUAUACAUGUUAUGUACAGUAGAGAUAUACUGAUUCCAACUAUACUGCUAGUUACAUCAGCAGAUCAACAGACAGCAAGAAGGAAUCAUUUCCUUAUUUUACAGUGAUAAUGGGUGAAGUGUACAGUUGGAACUCACUGGUAUUACUGACCAUUAUAGAAGAUAAACUGAGGAUGCUCUCUCACUUCUGUAAUGAUAUCCAACAGUCUGUGAGAAUUACAGAAGGUGUAGUUUGUUACAGAGAGUUACAGAAGGUGUAGUUUGUUACAGAGAGUUACAGGCCUAGAGUCAGUUUUAUUUUCAGUAGAAAUGGAUAUACUGCUGACUUUUUCAAUAGGAAAACAAACUCGUAGAUAUCCAGAUAAUAUGAAAUCCUUAUGUACUUUAGAUUUUUUUACUAGUGAUGGUUUUAUUUUUCCGUCGUAAUUUUAAAUAACCCUGUGAGUUACAGUUACUUAAAAGUGUAAAUGGUGUAGUCCAGAAUUUUCACUCUGCAACCAACGCAGCAUCAAUUGUGCACUAUAUAGUAGUGUUCUGUCAAAUGGACUAUGACUAUCAGCUAAUAAUAAAGAGGAAACAUGGAUUUUUUCUAUAACAUGUCAAUAAAGGUAGGUUUUUAUCUAAAAAAUAAAAAAAUGUAUUAAUCAAUGUCAGCAAGUUCUAUGGAACGUGUUAUCUCAAAAUAUUUACCAUCGUAUGGCAUUGUCACUAUAUAAUCCUACCAAAUUCAGUUUGCAUUCAUAUAGGCUAUGAAUGUCAUGGACUGAUUGUUGACGUCUUCAUUAUUAUGACGUCAUUGUUGUUACGUUGGAUACCACUGACCCUCCCUGGGCGAUGGUUGUUCUAUUCAUUGAACAAGCAUACACCAUACAUACAUUUUUUUUUUUGCUUAUAAAUAAUAUUUAAAAUGUAAAAGUAACGAUUAUAUAUGAGAAUCAACUUCAUGUUUGACAAAAGAAGACUGAAGUACAUUACAGUACUCUGAUGCUAUACCAAAAAAACAACAAUGGGUUUUAUAAACUUUCCAAUCUGAAAUUAUGUUUAAAAAAAUUCAGCUGAGGAAGAUAGCUGUUAUUUGCUUAAUUUGUUAUUUAAAACUCUGUUUAUAAAUGCUUUGUACACAUACCAGUAAAGAUAUAUAAGGUAGAGAGGGACUUCCUGUAAUUACAUAUUGUACAUGGUGUAUUUUUGUCUCAGCUUAUCGGACUCGGACCAGUUAAAACAAAUUGUGUCGUUAAUUUGUAAAGUAAUGAUGGAUGAAUGAUGGAUUUUCUGUCGCCUUUCUCUGUUUGCUUGUGAUUUGAUUAUGUGCCAACAAUUAUAAUAUAAUGCUAAAAUUAUAAAGUAAAUCAGUCAGCUUUUUUCAACCUUUUUCAUUGUUACAUGUAGUGGGGCAAAACUUGUGACAGUGAAAAUAAUCAUGAUCAUGAUGUCAACGUCCAAUAAAAAGCUGUAUGUAUGAUUUGAAUGUUGACUGCUUCUGUUUUGUUACUGACGGGUAUUCAAUCAUGCGUUGUUAAUUAUUAAUUAUUUUGUACAAUUGUUAAUGUAUAUUCAAAUUAUAUUUAUUCCAGAUUCCAAUAAUUUUUGUUAUUAAAGUAACUUAAUAUAUUUUGUGUAUUACUUUUAAAAGUACCUCGCCCCAGUUUCAUAAAAUAACAUUUACCACCUGGUUUUUAAAUUACCUGGGAAAAACAACCAGUGAAGAAGAGAAUUUUUGUGAGGCUGGAGCCAGAUACUACUGUGAAAUCACUAAUUUUUGAAGAGGGGGGUUGGAAAACCACAAAAUUUGGGCCCCACAAAAAUACCUGAUUUCACAGUGUAUAUUACUGUUUAUGAGAAUAAAAACAAUUGUCAAUUGUUGUAAAUGUUGAUCGUUCUUUUAACUGACAUUUAAUGUCACACAUAUAUAUACAAAUAACUGGUACAACAUGUAUCAUGUAAACAUUGUUAUGUAAUACUAAUUUUUAUAUUGCAUUGUUGUGACAUACUUUGUACUGUGAUCUUGAUUGAUGUAAAACUUGUAUGUGAAAACUUAUUUUAUGCUCAAAUAUUUUGUUAGUUUUAAAUCAUAUAUAGUGAACCUCAACAACCUGACACUUCAUGUGUAAAUCUGGUAGUUUUUGUUACAGGCCUGUUUUUUUAUCAUGAAAAUGUUUUGAACACUUUUGAUUUCUUUAAAUCUUAAAUCUGAGAAUUCUCACUGAAUUUGCAUUGUUUGAGAUUUUCCUCUAUGUUGAGAUUUAACAUGCAACUAGGGUUAAGUUCUGGUGAAUCAAAGACCACCACAUGAUGCCUUUUUUUUCAGCAUAACAGAAAGUGUUUGGAAGGAUUGCAGACAAAAAGUAUAAAAUAACUGUUCUACCAUAACUACUGACAAAAGUGAUCCAGGGCAAUCUUUGUUAGUUGAUGAAAACCGAGUAAAAUUUCAAUCACAACAUGCCAGGGGACAAGUUUUGUGUAUUAAUUAGAUCUAGGGGUAAUUGUAGAAUAAUAGAAUCUCUCACCCCCUUGUGGGUGAGAUAGGAGAAUCUUUCCCCGAGGGUUGAGAUUCCCCUAUC